AUGCGUAAAUGCAAUUUAUUAAAAUCAUUGCUCACUAAACCAAUUAAAUCUUUUGCUUCAGAGAAAUUUGUGGCGUUUAAUUUUAAGGACCCCUUGAACUUGGAAAGUUAACUCACAAGUGAGGAAAAACUAAUUCGAGAUUAAGCAUCCAACUAUGCAUAAUCAGAGUUGCAGCCAAGAAUCUAAGAGGCUUAUCGUAAAGAACAUUUCGACCCUCAAAUAUAUAAAGAGAUGGGAAAAUUGGGAUUUUUGGGAUGCACAAUUUCAGAAUAUGACCUUUCUGGGGUUUCCUAUACUGCAUAUGGUUUAAUAAACAAAGAGAUUGAGCGAGUAGAUUCUGGUUAUAGGUCUGCUCUUUCAGUGUAAAGUUCUUUAGUGAUACAUCCAAUAUAUCAGUUUGGAUCAAAGGAACUUAAAGAUAAAUACAUUCCAAAAUUAGCAAGUGGAGAAUUUGUUGGUGCUUUUGGUUUAACUGAACCUGAUCAUGGUUCUGAUCCUGGGUCUAUGAAGUCUCAUGCAAAGAAGAAGGACAAUUAUUACAUAUUGAAUGGUACUAAGAGUUGGAUUACGAAUUCGCCAAUAGCUGAUGUAUUUGUGGUUUGGGCAAAGGAUGAAAAGGGAGACAUAAGAGGAUUUGUAUUAGAGAAGGGAAUGAAAGGUCUGUCUACACCAAAGAUAGAAGGGAAGUUAUCAUUAAGAUCUUCAAUAACAGGGUAGAUUAUUAUGGACAAUGUAAAAGUCCCUUAAGAAAAUAUGUUUACUACAGUGAAAGGAUUGAAAGGUCCAUUUUCCUGUUUGAAUAAUGCAAGAUUUGGAAUUGCAUGGGGAACUUUGGGAGCAGCUGAAUUCUGUUUUCAUCAUACUCGUCAAUAUGCCUUGGAUAGAAAGUAAUUUGAUGCAAAUUUGGCUUCUUUCCAAUUGAUUUAGAAGAAGUUUGCUGAAAUGACUACUGACAUAGCCUUGGCCUAAUAAGCGGUUUUAUAGGUGAGCAGAUUGAAGGAGAAUGAUUAAUUAGCAACAGAACAAGUAUCAUUAAUUAAGAGAAAUUCAUGUGGAAUUGCUUUGAAGAUUGCCAGAGAAUGCAGAGAUAUUUUGGGAGGAAAUGGGAUUAGUGAUGAAUAUCAGGUGAUUAGACAUAUGGUGAAUUUAGAGACAGUGAAUACAUACGAAGGGGCAUCAGAUAUUCAUGCUUUAAUUUUGGGUAGAGGAAUAACAGGAAUCUAAGCUUUUAGUAGAGCAUUGUGAGUAGUCAUAAAUAUAUAUAUAUAUAAAUUCUUUGUUUCACAAUUACAAUAAA